AUGUUUAAAAACAGUCUGAAUUCCACACAGUUUCUGAAUUAGUCAGUGACUAGUUUAGCAAGCACCUCUCCCAUGAAGAACAAUCACCACAACUAAAACAUAAUUAGCAACCCAGAGAACAUUCAAGUCAUGAUCAGGAUAAAGAACAACUCCUUAACUGAAUCCCAAAGAGUUUAAACUGACCCUGUCGUUGUUGAAAACAAUCAGAUUCGUAUACAAUACUCAAAUGAGCUUAAGUCUCAAACAUAUAGCUUCGAUAAGGUGGCUACAAAAGACAAAGACUAGGAUUAUGUAUUUUAGGAAAUAGGCACUCCAGUUGUCAGUUACUGUCUAAAAGGGAUGAAUGCUUGCAUCUUUGCUUAUGGAUAAACAGGAGCUGGUAAGACAUAUACCAUGACUGGCACACAAACAAAUCCUGGAAUAUAACCCAGAGUCUUAGAAAGCCUUUUCAAAUAAUUGAAUGAGAGCCUAUAUACAAACGAAAUUUAAAGCUUUAAAAUUUCUGUAAGCUACUAUGAAAUAUAUAACGAGUAAAUAAAUGACCUAAUAAGCAACAGGAAGGAUAUUAAAGUAAGAGAAAAUUUGGAAGGACCAUUUAUUGAAAAUCUUACUUAGGUAACAGUCCAUUCGUUUUAUGAAGCAUAAAGUACUUUUAAUAAUUCUACAAAAAACAGAUCAAUAGCUGCUACUUAGAUGAAUAAGCAAUCUUCGAGAUCUCACUCUAUUUUUACUGUUACAAUUCAAAUUAUUGACAACAACUAGACAGAAAUUUAAAGUAAAUUGAAUUUUGUUGAUAUGGCAGGAAGUGAGCGUUAAAAAAAAACAUAAACAGAAGGAUAGAGAUUAAAAGAAGCUGGAAGUAUAAACAAAAGUCUUUUUGAGUUUUCUAAGGUUAUUGCAGAUUUAGCAAAGCAAAAAGCUAAUGUGGUUUUCAGAAACAGCAAAUUAACUCACAUAUUGAAAGAUUGUCUUGUAGGAAAUAGCAAAACUUUUAUAAUUUGUGCAAUAAAUCCAUCUUUUUACCAUUUAGAUGAAACCGAAAACACUCUUAAAUUUGCAAGCAAUGCUAAAUUUAUUGAAACCAAACCUUUUGUUAAUUAAGUUGUUAAAGUUAACACAGAUGAACUUCAAAGAUAGAUAAAAGAGUAUGAAUUUACAAUAGAAAGCUAAUCAAAAUAAUUAAUCGAAAAAGAUCAUAUGAUUGAAUAAAUGAGAAUCCAUUCAGAUAACUUAGACGAAGAAAUCAAGUAAAUAAGGACUUACUUUUGUAAAGAAAUUCAAGAUUUAGAGUCUGAAAAAAUAAAUCAACUGAAUGAAUAGCAAAAUCAAAUAUUAGAAUUAAAGUAGCAAAAUGCUUGGCUUUCCUAAUAAGCGUUUGAUACUUAACUUAGCUUGAGCUAGCAGUAAGGAGUGAUUGACAAUCAAGAAGCUCAAAUCAAAGAAUUAAAAUAUAAGAUUUUAAAGAUGCACGAAGAAAAAAAUCAACAUGUUUAUGAAACAGAAAAAUAGAAACUUCAAUUACCAAUUGAUUAAGAUUUUACUUAUGAUAAUUGCACAGAAGAUAUGACACCAACAGCAGGCUUAAGUCUGAACGUUAGGAGUAAUAGCUUUGAAGAUAAUGAGGAAAAGUUGAUAUAAUUAGAAGCAAAUCUUAAAACUUUAGUUAAUUAAAACAAAUUCAAUAAAAGCAUACAAAAGUAGUUAGAAGAAUAGAAUAAAUAGCUUGAAAAUGAAAAAUCAUUUCUAAAAAAUCAGAAUUCUCUUCUUCAAAAUGAAAAUUCAUAACUCAAAAAUGAAAACAAAGAAAUAGAUCAAAAGUCUAGUCUGCUUUUAAGAUAAAAAGAAAGUUUGAUCGAAGAAAUGAAUAAAAUUAGUUAAAAUUUGGGGCUUAAGAGUUAAAUGUAUGUGAACGAAAUAGAAAAUUUAAAAGAGCAAUUAUAAAUCUAAACUUAAAGGCUAGAAAGUCACUAAAAAGAAAAUGAUUCACUCAAAAGACAAUUAAAAGAAAGAAAACAAAAAAUAAUUUAAGAAAAAGAAAUGAUUAUCUAACAAUCAAAAAAAAUCAGCGAAAUUUCUCAGUCUAUCAUUUCAGAAAUCUCUUAAGAUUCUUGCAGCUCAAUUCAAGAAAUCAGCUAAAAUCAAUUCAACUGCAGCAUAAAAGAAAUACUUCAAAAAAAGUGUAAAGAAUUAAAUGAAAUAAAUGCUGAAGUGAUUCAAGAUUUAGAAUAAAUGAAAUAGCAAAACGAAGAUUUGAACAAUAUGAUCAAGCACAAUAAAUCAGAUAAACUAACUAAUCAUUUACAAUUUAUUUUGGAAAAAACUAAAAAAAAUAAAUACAUUUCUGACUAACUGAUAAGAUAUUUUAUAGAGCAUCCAGAUUAAGAUGUUAACAGAAAGAAAUACGAUUGCUUAAAAUAAUUUACUCAUUUCGUUUUUUCUUCUUUGCAGAACCUUCUUUCAGCAAGAAGCUCUCAUGUUUCCCUUAGUGAUCUUAUCCAAAAUAAAGAUCAAAAUUCUCAUCUUGUCAAAGUCAAAGAGUUCAUAGAUAAUCCCAAUUAUGAUAUGCUUGUGUAUCACUUUAAAGAACUUUUUGAUAAAGAAAAAAAGAAACUAUUUAGUUAAUAUAAAACUCUUAAAGAUUUUUUGAUCAUAAUUGCUUAAAAUUAAAGACCAGAUUAAAUAAUUACAGAGUAAGACGAAUUAAAAUAUGGCGAAUACAUUGAUUUGUAUGCAGAGACUAAUUAAAUUCAUCAAAUGAGAGCUCUAAUUUUCGAUGAAUACAAUUAAGUUAAUCUAAGAAAAUCUAAGAGAUCGCCAAUAAAACUAUUUAACAGAAAUGCUUUAAGCGAAAGAAAUUUGAACCAAUAAAAUUUAGGUGAAUUCUAAAGUGUUUACGAUGAGCAGAAAACAAUAUAUGAUUAUUAUGCAUAAGGUAAGAAGAAGGUUAAGAUGAAUUAAUAGUUCUGA